AUGUCAACCGUUAAGGAACUUAUAGGGUCGCUCAAACCCGAAGAGAGGUUUAUAUCUUUUGAAUUCUUUCCGCCAAAGACCGACUCCGGCUUCAGAAACCUUCUCGCACGUUUAAACCGGUUGCUGACCUUUAACCCACUAUUCAUCACAGUGACAUGGGGAGCAGGCGGAUCCACUAGUGAAAAAUCCUUGGACUUGGCUGCAACGUGCCAGCAAAAGAUUGGACUCAACACCGUUUUGCACUUGACAUGCACAAAUACGGAUAAGGAGGUCAUCGAUAGUGCUUUAGCGCGCGCCAAAGCGAAUGGGAUCAGAAACAUACUAGCACUUCGAGGCGAUCCGCCGCGGACGGAGGAGUACUGGACUCCCAACUGCGACUUUAACAACGCGGUAGACUUGGUAAAGUACAUUCGCGAGCAAUAUGAUGACUACUUCUGCAUAGGAGUUGCCGGGUACCCAGAGGGCCAUGUGGAUGGUGCCGAUACUACACUUCAAAAUCCCAGAAAGGACAUUCCUUAUUUAGUCGAGAAAAUAAAAGCCGGAGCUGAUUUCAUAGUCACACAGCUUUUUUUUGAUGCAGAAAAGUUUAUCAACUUUGAAAGGUUGUUGCAGCAGACUCCAGAGUUGAAAGAUGUUCCGUUGAUACCAGGCCUCAUGCCUGUGACGACUUACAAAGUAUUCACCAGAGCAACCAAGCUAUCGCACGCAACAAUCCCAAGAGAGAUACUCCACGAGUUUGAUGAGGUCAAGAAUGACGAUGACGCCGUAAAGACCUUGGGUGUGACAUUGAUCUGCGACAUCAUCGACAAACUCGACAAGAGAACUUCGGUCAAAGGGUACCAUUUUUACACCCUAAACUUGGAAAAAGCCGUUGCGUCCAUCUUGAACAAGUCGGCUGUGUUGAAGGGAGUGCUCGAGGGGCCUUCAACCACUUUUGAAAACGAGGAUGCGCUCGCAUCUGACUCGGAGGACGCGAGCCCCAAGCACUUUAGGCGCAGGUCUUCUGUAAACGAAAGAGCCAUCGGCACUUUGCCAAUUGGAGCUCAAAACGGGAAAGAUAAAAAGACAAUUGUGGACAUUAGUCGCGGGAAGGGAGCGUUGGGCAAGGACGCUACAUGGGACGAUUUCCCCAACGGGAGGUUUGGAGACUCAAACUCCCCAGCUUACGGUGAAAUCGACGGUUAUGGUCCUACUUUGAAAAUCCAAGAUCCAAGCGAAGCCUCUAAUAAAUGGGGCACACCGGAAACCAUAGACGAGUUGAGCCAGAUUUUCAUCGACUACCUCUCGUGCAAAAUCGACGUGGUCCCCUGGGCGGACACGAGCCUUUCUCCGGAAACGGCGUUGAUCCAGGAGGAGUUGUUUGAGCUCAAUCAAAAGGGCUGGUUUUCCGUAGCUUCGCAGCCGGCGGUGAACGGAUGCAGGUCCACAGACAACAUAUUUGGGUGGGGCCCACCAAACGGUGUCGUGUACCAGAAAUCCUUUGUGGAGUUGUUUAUGCCCAAAAAGGAAUGGAAGGAGCUCAAGAAACACCUUGAUGACGAAACGACUUAUUUUGCCGGCGACAAGUCAGGACACAUCGAGCUGACCAUGCUCAUUGGAAAGAAUGCCCGCAAUACGAAAAAUGCGGUUACUUGGGGCGUGUUCCCUCUGAAGGAGAUCAUUCAGCCUACUGUGAUAGACUACGAAUCAUUCAAAGCCUGGAACGAGGAAGCGUUUCUUUUAUGGCUCGAGUGGGCUAGAUGCUACAAGAAGAACUCCAAGACGUUUGAACUUUUAAAUUCGAUCUACAGCAACUACGUCUUGGUGAGUUUGAUUCACCAUGACUUUACACAAGAAAAUGCAUUGUGGGACCUCAUAUGUCAAUAG